CGUCCGUUAGUGCACGCGAGGAGCUGGCUCGUGCUCGUCGUCUCUCGCCGCGUGGGGCUGAAUGCGGGGCGGGGACAAGGCUCCCUCAGGGGCACAGAGCCCCCCCCCACACACACAUAUUAACAUAGUCUGGCAGAUAAUGAGCGGGGUGGGGGCUGCAGAAACCCUUGGAAAAGCAGAGUCUGGGCUGCUCCUUACGGCAGGUGUUCGUGGUGCGCAUUGAAACUGAGCCCGACAGUGACAAAUACCCCAGUGUCGUAGGCGGGAGUGUAACCCUGGGAGACUAACGGCUUGUAAUACCUCUAAAGUGUGGAUGCUUUAUCAGCGUUUUCUUGGCCACGAAUGACACAUCUGUAGUAUAUGCAGACCACACUGAAUGCAGUAACCAUCUCUGAGGGGGACUAUCAUGGUGAAAUACUGUGCAGCAUAUAACUGCAGUAAUGCAGACACAAAGUUAAAUCGGAAGCAGGGAAUAACUUUUCAUAGGUUUCCCAAGGAUAAUAAGAAAAAACAGCAGUGGGCCCAGGCAGUACAUCGGGCUGACCCUGUGAGUGGCAAACUCUGGACACCAUCUGAAUGGGAUAUGAUUUGUUCUCAGCAUUUCAAUCCUGAUUGCUUCAAAGAAAUUAAUGGAAAGAAAUUUUUAAAGGAAGGGAGUUGUCCUUCUAUAUUUUCCUUUCCUGACAAUUUUCAGAGAAUAGAUAAUUCUCUACGGAGAUCAGCGAAGAACUCCAAAUGUGCUGGCACAUUUCUAGAAAAUCCUCCACUCAUGGCCGAUCCCACUGAGGUGUAUGUAACGAAAACAGCGAACAACCCAAAAAGAUUAACAGAAAACUUCAGCUGUGCUCAUGAGGUAGUCACCAGUGGGGUGUGUAAUACACAGGACACAGUAAUGACAGACCACCAUUACCAUAUCACAGACAGUCCUAAAACUCUGAAGAGGAAACUGGAUGAACUUUUAGCAGAGAAUCACAAGCUCAGAAGAAAAUUAAGAAAUGCUUCUGAUCAGGAAGAGAGAUUCCAUAAAAAUAUGGAAAUUUUGUUGGACAAGCUGCACUCUAAAGACAUGUUGUCAUGGGAAAUAACGUGAUUGCUAGAUCUGUGCAAAGGCCAGGGGCUGAAUGACAAGUCUUCUCUCCCACUGCACCCAGCUGUUGGAUAAGAAAUGUUCACUAAUGUUUAUUGCUAUACAUGUCAUUUUUGAAUGUAUUUAAUUAAAUAAAAAGCUGUAAACAUUACUGAAGUUUUCAUAUAAAAGCUAGAAACUUCAAAGUUAAGAUUGGCACUUGUGUUGUUCAGGGAGUGAAUGUCAGCCUUUUACUUUAAUUCCCUGUCUCUUCAUGUGUCCCACAUGGUUAUUUUUUAGCUAUAUAGUUUCGUGGAGGGUGGAUGGGAGUUUUACUGCUUUUUUAAAAAAGUCUAAGUGGGGUGUAUUUACCUGAGAGAGCCAUGGCUUUUUGAAAUACACUAGAAUGUUCCAAGAAGUAUUUAUAAAUUUCCCCAAACCUGAUAAAUAUAUUGCAGCAUUUAUGAAAAUUUGUAUUGGUUCAUAUCUCUUUAUAUUUAACCAGUGUAUUAGACUAGUUUCAGAUAAUUUUUAAUGGCAAAAAGUUGAAGAGACCACAUCAUGACACACUUCUUUUGCAGCUCUUCCAAAACUUCUAGCAGUAAAAACCUUCACGACAUCUCCAACCAUCACAGAUUUUGCUUAGGGCACCUACUUUAUUCAUUGUUGUCUUUUUCCCCCCUUCUCCAUCUUAUGUCACCUUUUAAGUGUAUUAAUUUCCCAUGCACUAUAAAAUCCGUUUACAUAAUGGUCUGAAAUAUACACUUUUUUUUUUGAAAGACUGGCAUUUGCAUUAACUAUUGUAUUAAAUCUUAUGAUCACACAUAGUAAAGUGUGUGUACACACACACACACACACACCCGCUACCCUGAUAUAACGUGACCCAAUAUAACAAAUUCGGAUACAACGCAGUAAAGCAGUGGGGGGGGGGGCGCUGCA